AUGGCUAUGUGGGAGUCACCCGACACCAUGGACGACUAUAUGAGAAUGUCCGAAAGAACCGCAAGAGAGAGUUUGUAUACAUUGUCAAGGGGUGUUGUUGAAAUUUUUGGAGACGUAUAUUUGCGGAAACCUUCGUUGCAUGAUUUGCAAGAAUUAUAUGCGGCGCAUGAAGAACGCCAUGGGUUUCCCGGAAUGAUCGGAAACAUUGAUUGCACACACUGGAAAUGGAAAAAUUGUCCGGUAGCAUGGAAAGGGCAAUACGCAAGUGGUCAUCAUGGAUCACCUUCGUUGGUGUUAGAGGCUGUCGCUUCUCAAGAUUUAUGGAUUCGGCAUACAUUUUUUGGGGUUGCGGGUUCCAACAACGACGUCAACGUUCUUGAUCAGUCGCCAAUAUUCGACGAUAUUUUGAAUGGAAAAGCCCCGGAUGCUCCUUUCACGGUGAAUGGAAACGAAUACAAAUAUGGGUAUUACCUUACAGAUGGAAUAUAUCCUCAGUAUUCCACAUUCGUGAAGGCAUUCCGCCACCCGGUUGAAGAACGAGACAAAUUUUUUAAGAGAAGACAAGAAGGAGCACGUAAGGAUGUGGAACGUGAUUUUGGAGUGCUGAAAGCGAAGUGA